CGUGUGGCGGCGGCUCCUGAGGCGGCACAGCCUCCCCCCGCCGGGGAGACCCAGGCAGGGAGCCCCGCCGCCGGCCGGCUCCUCCCCACACCGCCGCCCGCCGAGCCGCCCCGCCGCAGCCCGCCGCACCGGCCGCUCUCGCCAUGCGGCUCUGGGUGCUCCUCAGCCUGCUGCUGCUGCAGGAAACGCUGCCGCACGUUAUUGGACAGCCUACAAAGAGUAAGCAUCCAAAAGAACCUGGGGAAAACAAAAUUAGGCCUGUUAACAAAAAAGCAAAACCCAGAACACCCAAAAUGAAGGAGAGAGAAUCUGCUGACCCCUCUUUGAAGUCCCAGUCCAUACUGACACAGGUGAUGGAUAAAGGUCGUUUCCAGAAACUAGCUGCCACUUUAAGCCUGUCUGCAGGACAAAGCGUAGAACUGCGGUGUAAGGGGAGUAAUGUUACUUGGAACUAUCCUUCAUACUUGGACACCUUUAAAGACUCCAGACUCAGUAUAAAGCAGCUUGACAAGUACGGUCAGCUGAUCCUCGCAAACUCCACUGCAGCAGACACAGGAGAAUAUAGCUGCUGGCUUCAGCUGUGCAAUGGUAACAAAUGCAGGAAGGAUGAGACUAAAACAGGUUCAACGUACAUCUUUUUCACAGAUAAAGAAGAACUUUUUGUACCCACUCCCAGUUACUUUGAGAUUGUGUACUUGAACCCAGAUAAACCUGCAGUCAUCCCAUGCCGUGUUACUACUCCUUCAGCAACAGUAACUCUACACAGGGAAUUUCCAGCAGAAGAAAUUGAAGCAGAUGGAACUGAUAUUAUUUAUGAUGUGAAGAAGGGUUUUGUCUACCAGCAUCCUACUUCUGAUCAUAAAGGUAUUGUCUACUGCAAAGCAGAGUCGCAGGGAGCACCUCAGAUUUCCAUCAAGUAUCACCUAUUGUAUGUGGAAGUUCCCAAGGGCCCGCCCUCAGCUACAAUUGCGGCAUCAUCCAGUAGAGCAGAAGUCAGUGACAGCGUUCAUGUAAUCUGCACAGUCCUUGGAGAGCCAGAUGUAGAUGUGAACUUCAGGUGGCGGUACCCAGGGCAAGAGUCUGAGAGGCCUGUGAUUAUCCAAAACUUCUGGAGAUUGAUAGACAGAGGAACCGGACAAACCACAAGAAUCUCAAAGAGUGUUCUUGUUGUUGAGGAUUUUGAAGACAGAGAUGCUGGAAACUACAUUUGUGUAGCUCAAAACCUACACGGAGAAACAACAGUAGCUACUAAGGUUGAACUAAAUUGAUAGGAAAGGCUUCUGGACAUAGAAUGAACUGUAUGGUAUUUGAUGUUAUAGCCAUUUAUUUUCUUUAUUAAUGUUUAAAUGAAGUUUUCUCUGUCACUGUCUCAUUUCAUAUGUCAAUGCAUUCCAUAUUCACUAGCUUGCAGGCCAAAGCAGCAUUCCCUACGCGCAGCAGUAGUCAGUUGUGAGGUAAUAAACCUACUACCAAGCAUUAAAGUUUAAGCCUGAACAUAUAUAAGGCUCGUUAUAUUAGGGAAUAGGUGCUCUUGGGCUUUCCUCUGCUGUGGUCUUUUUCCUCAAACUCUUCCAUAAGGUUAACCUGCUCUAUGGUUUGUGCCUUUUUUGUGUAUGUGAGAACUGAGAGGACAUUAAAUAGCCUCAAAAAUCCACAAAGCAGGUGUAUCACUUCUGGUGCUGUGCAAUUUUGAAGUUUAGAGUACUGUACAUGUUUAAAACAACCAAAAAACCAAACCAAACCCAAAGAACCUUGUUACAGAACUAGCCAAUAGAAAUGUUUAUUUUGUAAGAAUAAUUAAAUUUCUGAACAUUAUAAAAAUGUGUGUAUGUGCGUAUGUCUUCAUUUCAUAUUAAAAUGGUAAAGGGUAUUGCAUUCUUACAACCUUUUAAUAUGUAGCUUACUUAGCGUUUACUCCUCAGUAGAUGUAUGGUGUUAUGUUUACUAAAUUAUAUAGCAAAUUAUGUUUCCUAAAGGUAAAACUUGCAUUUAUUCAUACAGUGUAAUUUACAAAAGAAAAAACCCAAAUGUAACAUUAGAAUAACGUUCGAUCAUACAGCAGGAUCUCUUCUCAGGUUAAUAACAGUUCAACUUGAUCAUAUCACUUAGGAGAGAAGGAAAGAAGUUU